CAAGCAAGGAGCAGAGGGAAAAGCAAAAAACAAAAAUCCCCAAAACCAAAAGCAGUGGAGAGGAGAUAAAAAUCCGCUUAUUCGCUGUUGGCGCUGGCUGGCCCUGGACUGGAGCCGUAAACACUAACCAAUAUCAAGCGGACUCUCUCUCUCUCUCUCUCUCUCUCUCUCUCUCUCUCUCUCUCUCUCUUUUUGCCUCUCUGCGUACUCAAAAGAGGCAUGAAUGAACAACCAUCUACAAGCUUUUCAGUUCUGAGUUGAACAAUUCCAAAUCAAGGUUUUUAUCCAUUUCUUGUUCCUCUAGUUGAAUUAGAUCGAUAAUCAGCUAGUCGUUUACUGCAGAAGGAAGUCAGGAACCAUGGCAUUAAGCCAAACAGAGCUGCUAAAUGAAGCAAAGAAGCUCGAGUUACAAGGAUUAAAAAAAAACCCCAUUACCCCUGUAUUUAUAUCUAAGCUUGAUACACUACUUAAUGAUGCGUAUGCCAUUCGCCGUCCAAAGCCGAUUGAUUAUCAUAAUCGAAGAGAUUUGAUUCGUAUUUUGAAUGCAAUCACAAAAGAAUUAUACGGAAAUUCUGGCAAUUCUCCUGUUGUGGAGGGAUUUGGCUCUUUUGUAAUGGAUAUGUUCAGUAUUGGAAGUGACCUAGACCUAUCUGUUAAUUUCAGUAACAUUGUAGGCACUUUUCCUCGAGAUAUGAAGAUCAAAACCCUACGGAAGUUUGCUAAAAAGUUUUACUCUCUUCAAAGGGAAGGGCAUGUCAUUGGUGUGCAAGCAAUUAUGACUGCUAGGGUGCCAAUUAUCAAAUUUAUUGAUUGUGGAACUGGGAUCGAAUGUGAUUUAUCAGUUGAGAACAGGGAUGGCAUUCAAAAAUCCCAGAUCCUCCACCUAGUUUCUGGAAUUGAUGAAAGGUUUCAGAAACUGAGCUUUCUGAUGAAAGCCUGGGCAAAAGCACAUAAUAUCAAUAGUCCCAAAGAUCGAACUCUGAGUUCUUUAUGCAUAAUACAAUUGGUUGCUUUUCAUCUGCAGACUCGAGAUCCGCCAAUAAUACCUCCAUUUUGUACUUUGUUUGAAGAUGGAACAGAUCCUGUAAUUGUGGUGAAGAGAGUGAAGAAUUAUUCGGAGUACGGAAAAGGCAAUAAAGAAUCCCUGGCAGAUCUUUUCAUUACCCUGUUAGUCAAGGUGGCAUCGGUUGAAAAUCUUUGGCAGAAAGGUCUAUGUGCAAGCCUGUAUCAAGGAUCUUGGACAUCAAAAUUAUGGGAUACUCCAUAUCUAAGUGUUGAGGAUUUCACAGACCUGUCUCAAAAUGUAGCAAGGGCAGUAGGAAGAGAACAAUUUAAAGAGAUUUAUGGAUGUAUUCAUUCUUCUCUUUGUCACCUUUCAUCCUUUUCUGAUGGCCAUAUUCAGGGACACCAGUUAGUUGAUCUUUUGUUUGGGUUGGAUUCAGUAUCUAUUGUUCCGAGGCAAAUUGAUACCGGAAGUAACGAUGAAAGUAAAGCUAAUCUUCCUGUUCCCCUCAACGGUCACCAGACCAAGAGGAUGCGGGUAAGUAAAGGAUUGAAAGAAAAACAGCAAGGGGAAGGUUGGAGAGGAGGACAGCAAACUCAAGGUUGGAAACAGCACGGAAACUGGAAGAAGGGAAAGGAAGAGAACAAGCCAAUGGCUGGGGUGGAAGAGCACAACUAGUUGGUUUGGGAGGAAAUGGUGAAGUAAUAGGGAAUUGAAAUGCUCCCAUAGUUUCAGGUCAAAUUCCCAUGGUUGCUCCCAUGGGCAGCACGAUAGUUGACGCCUUGUGCAAUGUAAUUGCCCAGCAUACUCCACUAGUUUCUUAUCAAACUCCCAUGGUAACUUCAAGUUCAGGUAAUAAUAAUGUUCUUUACGGCUCAGCUGACCUCACUGCCAUUCCAACCGAAAAUACGAUUGGUUGCGAAAGUUCUGUCACAUAUCUCCCACUCCCACCAUCUGCUUUUGUUUCCCAACAAAGUUUCCUAGGUUUUGAUGGAUUGCAGAGAGGCUAGAUUCAAUCUGUUUUAAUGCCUCAUCCUGGACCACCUAUGAGCAACAUGCUCAAAGUAGCAAAUCGGUAGACAGGGAAUAGGGUUUAGCUGUUCAUGUCCUCAGAACCAAUUAAGGCAUAUAUGGUAUGUCAAAUUGGAAUCUACUGUUUUAAUCAGAUUAUACUGUAUCAUAUGGAAUUGUACUGGUAUUGUUUUGUGUACAAUUGUAUCCUUUGGUGUUGUAUCAUAUUUCUUAUUAGAAGCUCGAAUGAGUUGUACCA